UUCAGUGGGUAUACAUUCUGUAGGACUCUGCGGUAUCAAUUAACUAUGAAAAAAACGCCGGCCACGUCAUUCCACCAUAGCGACCGCGUUAUCUCGUCGCGUAUUCCAUUUUCCGUACAAACGUUUCCUCUGCUAUUAUUAUUAUUAUUAUAAUACUCGUCGACAGUCUUAAAGAGGUUUUCGGUACGCGGGUUCGCGUUAUUACGACUGUUGUCUGCGUUCGAUCAAGAGAUAUCUUAUCUUUUGCUUCCCACCCACUUCGCGAUCGGCCGUUUUUUACACGUCCGAAAUUCGCGUCUUCUGAGAAGUAGCUGACCGUUCUGACUUUCCGAGACGGUGUCUGAAACCACCCGGCCCGGUCACGCCAACGACGAGGGGUAGUGAACCACACACCGCACACACCUGCAACGAUUCGUCGCCGUUUUAGUUUUUCGAGACGGUGCCCACCGCCGUCAGCCAGUAACCGAGAUGAACAUAUUCAGACUUUGCGGUGACCUGUCACAUCUGCUGGCCAUCCUGCUGUUGCUCGUAAAGAUAUGGAAGACGCGAUCUUGCGCCGGUAUUUCAGGAAAAUCUCAAAUUCUCUUUGCAAUUGUUUAUACGACAAGAUAUCUAGAUUUAUUCACAAGUUUUGUAUCCGUAUAUAACAGUUUUAUGAAGAUAGUGUUCCUAUCAGCGUCAUAUGGAACAUUAUAUUUAAUGUUCUUUAAAUUUAAGCCAACGUACGACCAUAACCACGAUAGCUUUAGAAUUUUGUACUUAAUCAUACCAUCGUUGGUGCUUUCAUUUGUCAUCGUUCAUGUUUACACUGUGAUGGAGAUUUUAUGGACAUACAGUAUUUAUUUGGAAGCAGUAGCAAUUAUGCCACAAUUAUUUAUGGUAUCUAGAACCGGCGAAGCUGAGACUAUUACUUCUCACUAUUUGUUUGCACUGGGUUCUUACAGAGCACUGUAUAUAUUGAAUUGGAUUUACCGUUAUUAUACGGAAGAUUUUCUUGAUAUGAUUGUAAUUAUUGCUGGAAUUGUGCAAACCAUCUUAUAUUGUGACUUCUUUUAUCUCUAUAUAACCAAAGUUUUAAAAGGUAAACGACUGUCCUUACCCGUCUAAACAUGGAAGGAAAUCCUCAGACCAAAGUGUCAGUAUAAAACAGACUAUUUACACAUUAUGUCAUGUCAUAUGAUUUUUUUUUUUGUACAUAAAUAAAUAGCAUACAUUUUUUUUUGAGAUGUUACAGUAGGUCAUUGGAUACCUUAUAAAUACGAGAUAUAUUUUAUUUUAGUCCUAAACUUAAAUUAUUUGGGAUAAUUAUACCAACAUAUUAUCAAUUAUGAUAACAAA